AUUAUUUCGUGUUAAAUGAAAGUUUGUACAAUAAUUACUUGAAAGCUUUUUAUUUUGUUUUGUAUUGUUUAGUACGGUGCAAAUAGGAAGAGUUAAGCUGGACUUUCUAUAGAUUUUUUAACUAUGGUUAGCAUGAUAGAACAUUAACUGUUUAUUUAUUUAUAACUCGGAACUCAAAUAAAUGUGGAAAAUAAUAAAAGAAUAGAAAUUUUCUGUUUUCCAAUGCUCUAAUUCACAUCAAAAAUGAAUGAACUUAAAAGAAAAAUCAUUGUCGUGUGUAACAUUCCAAUGACUGCAAUAAUUCAGCAUCCAACCAACUAAAUAAGCCAAAGAAGAAGCUAUGUUAACAAUUAUCGUUGAAUUGUACACCGAACGAGGUUUAUAGAGAACACUCAGCUAAUAGGUAUCAACGCAAACAAAAAAAGAAGUUUUGCUAAAAACAAAAGUCAUAACUAAAGAAGGAAACAAAUGUCUUUGUCUACUUAUUAAUAAAUCUUCGUCUAAACGUGUAAAUUUGUAUCAAUUUUUUUGUUAUGCAAAUCUAUCAAUGCUUAAUUUGUCAUCUAACCUCCAGACCCUCGAAAUCAUAU